AUGCUCGCUGCUGAGCUCGAGCCCAAAGGGUUCGAGAUCGGCAGUUCGGGUCUUGGCGGCGCUGCAUACAUCCUUCGCAAAGCCCAUGACCCAGUCCCAGCCGUCAAGAUUUGCGUCUCAGCUGACAAUGACAUCCUUUGCGAAGUUGAACGUGACACGUUCGUCGAGUUCGAUAUCGUUUCAUUGGUCGAGUCCGAUGCCUUUUCGAUUGUGUUGCUCGCCCAGAAGUGGACCUGGACUCUGUUCGCCACUACUCGACUUGCCCUCGUGUUGGAGGAUGCCAAGGGCCUGCCCGAGGACGAUGGCCUUUUGUCCAUCAAGGUGGGCAACACCAAGAGACAGGCGCCGGCCUCCAAGAUAGGGCAGCCGUUCCGCUUCGCCACCUCUCUGGCCGACCCGUCGCCCAUCAAGGUGGAGGUGUUCGUGCCAGCGGCCCCCGCACAGACGGUAACCUUGGACCCGGGGGCGGAGACCUUCCAGGUCAGCUUCGGGGACAUGCAGGCCUACCCGCGCGCGCGGGCGGAGGAGCUGGAGAGGCCCCCCGUGGACAUCCAGGCCGCCGCGGAGGCGAAAGGUCUUCCUUCAGAGAAGCUUCACGCAGCUACACAGGCAGCCAACUACCUCGAGGAACACAACUUGGUGAAGAUGUUCCAGGAAGCGAUGAGAGACGAAGGUGUGCGCUUCGAGUGCGAGCGCAUGUCGGCGCCCUCGCCCCCUGUGACGCCGCAGGGCGGCCGCUCGCGGAACCGCGGGUGCGGCAGGUCGCUGGAGGUGGACGACAUCACGCACAUAGAGUUUGAGGAGAUCUUGAGCUCCAGAAUUGCAUAG